AGAGCCACAGAAAAGGGGAGAGAGCACCAACGGGCAUCACUCAUCAGUACUGGACUGCUAGUGGCCAGGGCAGACGAAACCAGCCAAGAUCGAUGGUGGCAGCAGCAGCAAGGAGAGCGGCGGCCUUGGCCUUGGCGUUGCUCGUCGCCGCCGCGGGGGUGGCCGUCGCCGACGACUUCUUCUCCCCUCUCAGCCCGCUCCUCGCCCCCGUGAUUGGGUCGCUGUGCAAGGCGGUGGCGUGCGGGAAGGGGAACUGCACGGCGACGACCGGGCUGCCGGGGUACAGGUGCGACUGCGACCCCGGCUGGAAGCAGAUGCACGUCGGCGAUAGCCUCAGGUUCCUCCCCUGCGUCAUCCCCAACUGUACCAUUGAUCGUGCAUGUUCUAACGACACGUCAGCGCCAGCACCGGCACCUUCACCCAGAAAUUUCUCCCUCUCGCCAGACCCUUGUGAAGUGGCUUACUGCGGUUCUGGGGGCACUUGCAAGAACGGCACAGGGCUCAGCUACCACUGCGAGUGCAAGCAGGGCUUCAGUAAUCUUCUGAACAUGACCACGAUGCCUUGUUUCCAAGAAUGCUCAAUCGGAGCAGAUUGUGCGGGCAUCGGGAUCCUUCCAUCAACAAACUCACAAACUCCACCACCACCACCCGGCUCCGCUAGUGCUUCUAACAACUGCCAUGCACCUGCUCCAGGAUGGGUUUCGCAGCAGAUUCUACUCCCUCUGCUUAUACUGGCCUCGCUGGCCAUGGGUCAGGCGACAUGAACGGGGAACAGAGCAUAGCACGGUAUCACUAGAGAGAGUUUUUUUCACGGACAGGGGUUAGAGUUGUUAGCCUGUUAGAGAUUACACGUUGGUGGUAUAUCAUGCUGCUGCAGUAUUAUUGCACUUGAUAAUUCUUCUGCUGUGUGUGUGUGUGUGUGUGUGUGUGUGUGUGUGUGAGAGAGAGAGAGAGAGAGAGAGAGAGAGAGAGCUGAUGAUUAGGUGCGAACACGGAAUAAACUGUCUCUGUGAAUAAUAAUAGAUUAAAUCGAUUGUUUUUGUUUUUUGAGAACCAGAUUAAAUCGAUUGUUUAUACCUGA